GGAACAACGUUGAGUUUUAUCUGAGUUUUUAUUGCAGCUGUAGAACCAUCUACAACACCGUUUCUCUCCAUCGAAUCACAUCCCGUAUCGAUGGGGAACGAGGCCAGUCUGGAGGGGGAGGGACAGGCGGCCCAGCCCGGCUCCGCCGUCCCUGCAGCAGGGGCUCCGACUUCCAUUUCAGCACCACCGGACUCUGGACAGCUCAUAAAGCCCAGCAAUGGUGCGCCAGCCGGAGGAACGGGGGCUGGACCCGGGCCGGGGAUUAACAGUAUCUCUGGCCGACCACCUCAAUCAGACCCGGGGCCCAAAGCAGGUGUCCAGAGCGGUGUUGGGACGGGCGACAGGUUAGCGUCCCAUGAUAGCCCUCAGCCACCAGCGGCCCAAGGAGAGCAGGGUCAAGGUCACGUUGCCAGGAAGAGCCUGCAGGUGGACGUGGGUAGCAGCAAGACCGGCAGGUCCCCCUCUGUGUCCCCGGACCGAGGCAGUGUCCCCACCUCCCCCUACUCUGUGCCUCAAAUUGCGCCCAUGCCCAGCAGCAAGCUGUGCCCCGUCUGCAAGACCACCGACCUGACAGGCACCGGAGACGACCAAGCGAACUUCAAUCUCUGCACACAGUGUCGCUUGAUGGUCUGCAACCAGUGUGGCUUCAACCCAAACCCACACCUCACAGAGGUACAAGAGUGGCUAUGUCUGAACUGUCAGAUGCAGAGAGCUUUGGGGAUGGACAUGACCUCGACCACACCGCGCUCUAAGAGUCAGCAGCAGAUACACUCUCCUUCUCAUGCAGCCAAACCUGAUGUUUCAGCUCAGCCUGCACCCCAGACGCAGACCCCUCCUCAGACACAGCCUCCACCACAGGCCCAACAAGCACCUGGCCCCAACAAACAGACUGCUCAAACCGGCCCUGGCCAGCAACAACCUAAGCUUCCCCCAGGCGCAGUCCCUCUCCCUGGCAUGGCCAAGGCCCCAUCCCAGCCUGACCUGUCCCGCAACUCCCCUGCCCACCAAGCCCAGAAACCUCGCCAGGACCAGACCCGCAGUGCAGGCAGCUCCCCUUCACGACAACCCCCACCUCCGGAGCAAACAUUUGGGAAGUUGUUUGGCUUUGGUGCUUCACUUCUUAACCAGGCCAGCACUCUCAUAUCAGAGACUGCUCAAACCCAGCAACAGCCCCCCAAAGCUGCCCCAAAACCUCAGGGUCCAGCAGCUGGAGCAGGUAAACCCUCAGGACCUCAGCCUGGCCAACAGGGGGGCCAAGCCCCUCAGCAGCAGCACCCGGACCCCGCGUCUAAGUCCAAAGCUGUCUGUCCUCUCUGUAAGACAAACCUCAACAUAGGCAAUGCAGCGGAACCGCCCAAUUACAACACCUGUACACAGUGCCACUCCCAAGUGUGCAACAUGUGUGGAUUCAAUCCCACUCCGCACCUCGUCGAGAAGAAAGAAUGGCUUUGCUUGAACUGCCAGACCCAGAGGGCUCUGUCGGGAAGCCUGGGAGAUGCUCCUGCCCCUAUUACACAGCCAAUGGGAUCCCCUCAGCCACCAGCCCCAGCCAAUCAACAAGCAACUCAGCAGAAAGGGCCCAAUCAACUUCCAGGGCCCAGACCCACAGGUCCUCUACAGCAACAGAAACCAUCGGGUCCUCAAGUAAGUGGCCCUCUCUCUUCUGUCAAACAGGCUGGGCCCACACCACAAACCAAGGGGCCAAGCCAACUUUCCCCUCAAACCAAAGGUCCCAGCCAACCUUCCCCUCAAACCAAGGGUUCUACCCAGCCCUCUCCUCAACCCAAGGGUUUGAGUCAACCCUCUUCCCAAACCAGGGGUCCAACCCAACCCUCAUCUCAGAGUAAGGGACCUCCUCAAACAAAGGGCUCUAACCAAGCUCAUGCUCAGAGUAAGAGCCUCGCCCAGUCUGCUAACCAAGUGAAGGGCCCUAGCCAGGCCAAAGGGCCUACUCAGGCCAAGGGAUCUGCCCCAACCACCACUCAGACAAGAGGGUCUUCUCAUCCCUCUGGUGCCAAGACUUCAUCCACCCCUGUUAAAGCAGCACCCACUUCUGCCAAGGCCUCUACCACCCCUGCAAAAGCAGCAUCUCCCCAGUCUAAACCCGCAGGUAACAAUCAGACCCGCAAACAGCAGCAGAGCCAGGAGAAGACUAAAGUCACAGCUAAAUCUCUAAAGGAAGACAUCAAGGCCUCAUCAAAGAAGGCAUUAUCAGAGACUGUCACCUCAUCAAAAGACUUGAAGAUAUCUGAAGAUUCACAGAAGCCAAGACACCAUGAAGAUUCCAACAAAUCAAGCACACAGAGUUUAAGUGACACUGGCUACUCCUCUGAUGGGAUCUCCAGCUGUCAGGGGGAGAUCACAGGCCUGAUCCGGGAGGAGGGAGUAAAGCUGACUGAAAGAGGUGCUUUGAGCCCCUCAGAAAUCACCAAACUGGAGAGCUCCAUGAGGCCACUGCUAGAAUCAAAGACUGCCUCAGACCAGAAGCAGAGGCCACACUCACUUUCUGUCGGACAUGACCGGGAGUACAAUCCCGAUGAGGAUGCAGCAAGGGAAGAAUCAGAGGAUGACCUCAGUUGUAAGCUGCGCCAUGACUAUGUGGAAGACAGUAGUGAAAGUGGACUCUCACCAUUGCCACUUCGGCAGAAGAAGUCACAUAAGGAUUUGACAGAUGAGGAGUUCAUGAGGAGGCAAAUUAUGGAAAUGAGUGCUGAUGAAGAAGAGGCAGAGGAAUAUGGAAACCAGAAAACCAAAAGAGGACAUAAAACCAGUGGAGAUUCGGGGAAGGAGAGGCGACGACUGUCUCACCAUUCCAGCAGUUUUGAGGAGGAUACCAAGGCUUCAGAUGGUGCUUAUAAGGCAGGUGAAGAUGAGGAAGGCCUAAUGGCCUCUCAAGGAGGCUUACGGCGAUUUAAGACUAUUGAACUGAACAACACCAACAGCUACAACCGAGACAUGGAGCUCAGUACUGAGCAUGACCUAAGAGAACCAGAGCUAGAGAUGGAGAGCCUGACUGGUUCACCAGAAGAGCGCUCCAGGGGGGAAUAUUCAUCCACCCUACCUGCCACAACUCCCAGCUACACAUCUGGAACGUCCCCCACAUCUGUGUCUUCCAUGGAGGAUGACAGUGACAGCAGCCCUAGUCGUAGGGCAAGAUUAGAGGAAGCAAAACAGCAGAGGAAAGCUCGGCACCGGUCCCAUGGGCCACUCCUGCCCACCAUUGAGGACUCAUCUGAGGAGGAUGAGCUGAGAGAGGAGGAGGAGCUACUCAGAGAGCAGGAGCAGAUGAGAGAUUUGGAGCAGCAGAGGAUCCGUAGCACAGCUCGAAAAACAAAGAGAGACAAAGAGGAGCUUCGAGCACAGAGACGCAGGGAAAGAUCUAAAACUCCCCCAAGUAACCUCUCUCCAAUUGAGGAUGCAUCACCAACCGAGGAGCUCAGACAGGCAGCAGAGAUGGAGGAGCUCCACAGAUCAUCAUGUUCUGAAUACUCACCUUCCAUGGACUCGGAGGUAGAGGGAUUUGAGAUGAUUGGUGGAAAGCUCUACAAAUCGGGGAGUGAAUACAACCUUCCAACCUUCACGUCUCUCUAUUCUCCUACUGAAAAAUCCUCUGCAAUGUCACCACCUGACAAAACACUAAAAAGUGCAGAGGAGGUCUAUGAGGAGAUGAUGAGGAAAGCAGAACUCAUGCAGAAGCAAGGGCAACCUGUAAGCAGUCAGCAGAAAGGUACUCCACAGCCUGGCAGUAAACAGCAUCUAGAAACUGGGACUGUCUUAACCCCUGGUUCAAGCCCCACCCAGAUCACUGCACCUAUGUCCUUCUCUACACCAGGGAGUGACCCAAGAAAACCAGGAAUUCAUGGAACACAGCAUUUAUCAAAAGAAACCCAAAAUAGGAUGAUGACACAGACUGCCAAAAUUGGAGGGGUUGUUGGGCCUGCCACAACCAAAGCCCAAGUCAGUCAUGCUGCCACAACACGACAGUCAGGAAGUGCAGCAUCUGCCACAAACAGAACAGGUUCCCAGGGGCCAACACAGGCAGCAGCAUCAGACUCUGGAGCAUCCUCCCUUACCUCCAAAGUUUUCUCCUAUUUCAAAGGUCCAAGCCCCCCAGUCUCCCCUGCCACUUCUCCAACACAAAGUCCAACUCAUUCGCCAUCCCUGCGACCCACUGGCCCUGCUGGCAGACAGCUGCCUUCUGUGCCUGGUGGCUCAACAUCUCCAGCAGCACCUCAUGGAGCUCAGGCACCUCAAAGGGCAGUGUCCCCACGUCUUGCACGACAACCGUCCUCUCAAGAUACACCAGUAAUGGUGAUAACACUGGCCUCUGAAACAACGAGCCCUGCCAAGCCACUUACUGUAAAUUCCUCUACCUCCCCUUUAUCAUCACCAACACAGGCCAGCUGUAAAACCUUGUAUAGCUCCCAGCCUCCCUCAACAAGUUCCCCAACAUCACCACAAAUGCAUCCACCACAACAGUCCCCUAAACAUUCAUCACAGAUGGCCCAAAAUAUUGAAAAGGUAAAUGUUGGUAUAAGCACAGUGACCACAACCACAUAUAGUCGAGGAUCAUUGUCUAUGGAAAAUAUAUCCCUGUGUAAAAUCUCAAACAUCCCAGGCACUUCAAAGGUUGUAGGACAGGGCCAAAUACAUACAAGCAGUAAUGUGGUGGAUCUGAGAGCCCCAAUGAGAGCUGCCCCAAUUAUAAUGACAGAGCAGGGAAUGGACUUAACCUCUUUGGCCUCUGACACAAGAAGAUAUUCUCUAGGAGCAGAGCAGCCAUCUGGUCGGCACACUGCAGUGCAACCACUCAUCAUGAACUUGAAUGCACAAGAGCAGCCACAUGUAUCCAUAUCAACACCAACUACAGUUAGCGUUACAGUUGCAGCUUCUAUGUUUAUGUCCCAAACCAAGCAACCAGUGGUGUAUGGAGAUCCACUACAGAAUCGUGUGGACCUGGGGCAGGGUGUUGGCUCAGCAGUUUGUCUAACUCAGACUAAGCCUCCAAUUACAGAUCCAUCUAUUCCCAAAAUUGAUGCCUGCCUGGAGGACCUAGGUAUCCAACAGCAACAACUACAGUUACAGCAGCAGAAGCUCCUGCAGCAGCAACAGCUCCUUGAGCAGCAGCUCCAGCAGCACCAGCAGCAGUCCUCUUUUGCUCGUUACAACUUAGCUAAUCAGGUUCAGCCAAUGUUGUUGAAAAAAGACCUUGUGGUGAGCCAGUCAAGCAGUGCCCAGCCUGUGGUGAGUGUCAGUGCCAUUCCUAGAGUAUCCCCACUACCUGCACAGUCAGUGUCUGGGGCUCCUACUUCUAAUACUCCACAUGAGAUCUAUGGUGGGGUUGCCCUAGAGUUGAAAAAUAAGCCCACAGUAAUGAACUUGUCCACAGGUAAGCCACAUGUCAUGAUGGUACAACUGGAUGAGAGCAACACAUCACAGGGAGCCACAGUGACUCAGCUAGUGAAGAGAGAGGAGCCCCCACCCCCACCGCAGGUCCUGGAUCUCACUGGACAAAUUAAACCUGAAAACCAAGUGGCUUGUUGUGAUGUCGUUUACAAAUUGCCAUUUGCUGGUACCUGUUCAGGAUCAUUCACUCAGAAGUCCACAACAGUAGCAUCAGAUAAAAACCCGACCACUGAACCUUCUCAAGCUGCCCAUCCUCCUCCUCCACCACACUACAAUGCCAGUCAACAGCAACAACACCAGCCACCAGCCACCCAAGGAGUAACUGAUGAACAUAAACCCUACCAACCACCCAUACUUCCAACGGGAAGAAUACAACCUUCUAUGUCUGACACAAAUCUCCCUUCCAUGACUGAUGCGGGUCCUCAGCACUAUCAAAAUAAUGUCCAGGGAGGUCUGGCAGUUGAUCUGAGUAGCAUGAAUCAGGCUUAUGAGGGUGGAUACCUUGGCAUGGGAGCACAGUAUGGAUCUUACACUGACUUACGUAUACAAGGAGAUAGUGCAGGUCCUCCAUUACCCUUACGUCGAUAUGGCUCCAUGUCAAAUUUAAAUUCUGACUAUGGCUAUGGCCCACGUGACCUAACAGGAGCACAGGAUUCAAAUCUGGCACAGUACAGUGCAACCACUGCCAGGGAAAUCAGUCGUAUGUGUGCAGCUCUUAACUCAAUGGACCAGUUUGGGAGCCGUUUUGGUAAUAAUCCUGAGCUUAUGCCAUAUGGAGCUGGAAGGGGUGGACCUUUGGGUAGGCUUAAUCUACAGCAAAGCUUAGCAUCAAUAAGAGCCAACCUACUGUAUGGCCCUGAUGGAAGACCAACAGCAAAUGGCCAGACCCUAACUAACUUAAUAAAUGCUAGACAAGCAAGUAUACGAGCCUUGUACCCUGCUGCUAUGAGAGGAGCUGAUGGCAUGAUAUAUUCCACCAUAAACACUCCCAUCGCUUCCACGUUGCCAAUUACCACCCAGCCUUCCUCAGUCCUGCGUCCCAUGCCAAGAGGAAUUUACAGACCUUACCCUACAGGUGUAACUGCUGUACCAUUGGCUAGCCUUACCAGGUUACCUCAAGUGACUCCGAGGAUGCCUCUCUCCACACAGGGACCAUAUUCUUACCCCGCUGCAAACCAGUAUCCAGCAUCAGCCCCACCCCCAGGAACUGCACCUGCUGCAAGCAGCUCCCACCAGGAAACUCCUGUCUACCUUGGGAAGCCUUUAUCAACUGUUGCAACACAUGCAGCUGCAACUGUACCACCAAGCCAGCCUGUAACACAUUUAGCACCUGGUAUGCACACUGCAGCAAUGCAAAGUCAACCUGUAGACCAACAGACAAAUCAAACUCAGAUUCCUACCCAGAAUGCUACAUCCCUCGCUCAAGGCCAAGGUCAGCCUCAAAAUGUACAGCAGGUGCAGGCCCAAAUGCAACCACAAUUACAAACACAACAAUUACCUGCUCAAACUCAACCAUUAUCCUUGACACAAAGUCAACAACAAGUUCAACCAAUUACCCAACCUCAGCCACAGGCAUUAGUGCAGCCACAGACCCAGCCACAAAUCACACCCCAUGUCACUGCUAUAGCAGCACCCAGCUCCAAACUUUCUCCACCCAUGGAUGUGCAGAAAGAUAAGGAAGACGAAAGAUUAAGUCAUCAACAAGAGCAAAUGUUGCAGCUGGAGCGAGAGCGAGUAGAACUGGAGAAAUUGCGGCAGCUGCGCCUACAAGAGGAGCUCGAAAGAGAUCGCAUGGAGCUCCAGCGACACAGAGAGAAAGAACAAAUGCUUGUGCAGCGUGAGAUUCAGGAACUGCAGACAAUCAAACAGCAAGUCCUACAACAGCAGCAAGCAGAGCGGGAGACCCAGCUUAUUAUGCAGAGAGAACAGCUGGCCCAGCAAAGAAUGCAGCUUGAUCAAAUUCAGUCUCUGCAGCAGCAGCUUCAACAGCAGCUGGAGGAGCAGAAGAGGCAGAAGACAGCAGCAGUGGAGGCAGCAGCAGCAGCUGCAGCAGCAGAGGCAGCCGCUGCAUCAGCAGCAGCAGCAGCUGCAGCAACAUCAGCCCAGGGUGCUAUGCAAGGGGUAGUUGUUGGAACAGGGCAUCCUCAAGGGUUCAUUAUUUGUGACCAGAAUGGUAGAGUGAUUCAGCAAGAUGGACAGAGUGUUCAGUUCUGGCAAGAUGGGCAGGUGGUUCAAGCCGUGGUGACUGCUAGGCCUAUUCAUAGUUCUGCCUCUGAAAUGUCUUUGAGAAGUGAUGACAAGGUUGAUACUAAGAUCAUGAAAAAGCAGAAUUCUAUGCCGCGGUUGAGGGAUGGUUCAGAGGAGGAUUCAGUGAAAAGGAUUGCAGACAGCUGUGUGCAAACAGAUGAUGAAGAUGGAGAGGACAGAUACAUCAGCAGGCGCAGGAGAACAAGGCGUAUUGCAGACUGCAGUGUGCAGACUGAUGAAGAGGACCAGGCGGAAUGGGACCAGCAGCCUGUAAGGCGCAGAAGGUCACGCAUAUCUAAGCAUUCUGACUCCAAUGUUGAAAGUAAAUCAGAAGGAUCAUCCAAAGUGUCUUCCUCAAGUAUAGCUAUUCAAACCACCAAUGAUUCCUCAUGCCAGACAGAGCCCGACCAACUAGGCAGAGUUUCACCUGCAAUCCACAUAACGGUGGCAGAAUCCUCAAAGGUUGAUCUUUUACAUUACAUAGCGGCCCCUGAAAGGACCCAGAAAGGAGAGAGUCUAGCAUGCCAGACAGAACCAGAGUCUCAGUCUCAGGGGGUGGUUGCCCCUCAGCUUAGUGUGCCUACAACAAUCAGUCCCUAUUCUACCAGUCUGCAUAUGGUCGGUGCUAAUGCAUCUGAUUCAGUCUCCCCUCGACUCCAAGGAGUUGCUAAAUUUGAGAGGAGGAAACCAGACCCCCUGGAAAUUGGCUAUCAGCAACAACAACAAAAUGAGUCUCCAUCUCGCCAGCCCCCCAAAUCUCCCCAGGUGCUGUAUUCCCCAGUGUCCCCACUGUCUCCUCAUCGCAUGCUAGAAACAACAUUUGCCUCCCAGGAGAAGCUCAACAAGGCACAUGUCACACCGCAGCAGAAAGCCUUUACUGCUGAAUCACCACAGCGGCACCAGACCCUCCCAAGACCAAUAAAGAGUGUGCAGCGCUCCAUGUCAGACCCCAAGCCUCUCAGCCCCACAUCAGAAGACCCUGGCAAGAACAGGUUCUCCCCUUACCAUCAGCAAGCUUUGUCCAACAGUCAGAUGGCCUCCCUGCAGCAGCAGCAGAACUCUCUGAUGAGAAAGGUAAAGAGGACUCUCCCCAGCCCCCCUCCAGAGGAGACUCCUCUCCCCAUUGUCACUCCAGCACAAAUGUACAGCUCUCCUGGCAUGCCCCAGAGGGUCCUGCCCAGACCCGCCCAGGGGGUCACCAAGGCAGGCCUGCUGAGUGAGCUGAAAGCUGUGGAACAGGAGUCGUCCAAACUCCGAAAGCAGCAGGCUGAGCUGGAGGAGGAGGAGAAAGAGAUUGACGCUAAAUUGCGUUAUUUGGAGUUAGGCAUCACCCAACGUAAGGAGACCAUGGUGAAGGAGAGGGAAAGGAGAGAGCUGGCUUACCUGCGCUGUAUGGGUGAUGCCCGGGACUACAUGUCAGACAGUGAACUCAAUAACCUCAGGAUGGCAGCUGCAACUGGAACCUUUGAUGCUAAUGGUCUGCUGACAAGACCCAGCACUGCACCAUUGAGCCAGUUUACUAAUGACCUCAGUGCACCCUCCCAGUAUCCCUCAACCUCAUCUUACAUGUCAUAUCCAUACCCUCAAUCCCAACCAUCAACACAGCAGCCAAGCUCUGCUUACCAACAGAUAGGUUUCCAACCUCCUCAGUACCCCUCAUCCUCUGCACCCCAGCCAGGAACUUUCCAGCCCCAUCCACCGCCAGGCCCUGGCUACCAGACCCAAGGAUCCUACUCCUCCCAUAUGUAUGCUCAGCCGUCCUAUCAGACAGAGAUUGGCAUGCAGCAGCAUGGCCAGCAGGGCUUCCAUCCAACUGGCCAACCUAUGCCAGGUCAAAGCAUACCUUACCCGAGCCACAGCUCUUACCAACCUGGUCUCUCCUACCAGCCCCAGGCAGAGAUCCUCACAGUCCACCAAAGGCCAAGGCAAACCUCACUGGCUGACCUUGAGCAGAAAAUGCCCACCAACUAUGAGGUCAUUAGCAACCCAGCAGUGUCAGUGGCCACAUCAGCUCCAGAUACUAGCUUUGGCUCAGUUUACAGUAACACGUAUGGACAGUACCGCCCCCCUGAGCCUGGCAUGACUCACUCUGUGGACAGCCCCACCUCUGCCUAUGCUGCAGAUGGCCUGUACACAUCCAACCUGGAGCAGAACAUUCCUAGAAAUUACGUCAUGAUUGAUGACAUCAGUGAGUUGACAAAAGAAAACACCAGCCAACCAACUGAUAAUUUAGGUCAUUCUGUAGGAGGACGUUACGGCAGUGAGAAUGGCCCUGCACGUGGGAGUGCCUAUGGCAGGGCUGAGGAUGAGUCUGUAGAUGCUUAUGGCAGACCUACAGGCACAACAGGCUACCAGAGCACUGGGGACAGUCGGAGCACCACAUCAGGGGGUGGAGGAUCCUCCUAUUACUAUGACGAUUAUAAACACUCAACACGGAGUGGCUCUGGCACCCAGAAAAUCUCAUCCAAGAAUUUGGCCCCUGCAGUAGUCUCCUCCAAACGUAGUAAACACAGGAAGCAGGGAAUGGAGCAGAAGAUUUCUAAGUUCUCCCCUAUCGAGGAAGCACGGGACGUGGAGUCUGACCUUGCUUCAUACACCAUGACAUCAUCAACUGGAGGCAGCUGCACAGUUGUGUCCAGGUCCAAGAAACAUCAGGAUGAUAUCACAUAUGGGAUGAAGAAGAAUGUAUAUGACCAGAAGUAUUAUGGGACCAGUCGUGAGGGCCUGGAGGAGGAUGAUCGCAUGUAUAGCUCCGGCCGGUCCAGAUCUACUGGAUAUGGUAUGGACAAGAUCUCCUCCCGGGAUGCCACAGGCCACAGGAGUAAGUCCUACGAGAGGGACGCAAUGGAGAGGUCUCAGAGAAGCAGCCGCAGUGGUAGGCCUCCAAUGCGCAGCCAGAAUUCAGAGGAGGAGAGUCCACUCAGUCCUGUGGGGAAGCCUGUAGGCAUGGGAAGGAGUUCUGGCAUGUCAGAUGCCCAUGAUGUGAGAAACCAGUAUGGCUCCAGCCAUUCCCUGCCAGAUGUGCAGGAUCAUCACAUGAAGGAUCUACCCAGGAGUCAUGUCUACAAGCCAGAUGAUCCAUACCUUGUAGAUGACAUGCACUGUGCUGUUUCUGACAGUGAAGCCUAUCAUUUGGGCCAAGAGGAGACUGACUGGUUUGAGAAGCCACGAGAGGCCCGUUCUGAUCGCUCACGACACCAUGGCAGUGGCAGUCACUCAUCUACAGGUAGGCGCAGUAACGUCAAGCACACCUACCAUGAUUAUGAUGAACCCCCAGAGGAAGACUGGCCCCAGGAUGAGUACAACCAACAGCGUCACUCUUCCUCCACAUCAUCACGGGAACACCGUCACCAUGGCAACAGCUCUUCGAGGCAUGGCUCUUCCCGCCACUCUUCAGAGGAUCCCAGGUCCUCCCGCUCCUCUAGGACACACCCCAAAGACCCAUCAGGCCGCUCUGAAGGCAGAAGCUCCUCUUCUGCACAGAGGAGGGGUGGACCAGACUCCCGUUCCUCUCAGGGCAGUCACCGGGACUCGGGCGAAUUCUCUCGUGACCCAGCCUCUGGCCACCACCAUGGCACUGGGGGAAGGAGCCAGAGGCCACAGGGAGAUCGGACAUCCUCCAAGAGACAGGAUCCCUCUGUGGGGUCUAAGCAGCAGCAGCAGCCCUCUCAGGGCCAUGCUGGGCAGCAGCGGUCAGGUGGCCAGGCCCAGUCUGUGAGACAGCCGGGCUCUGAGCCGCUGGAUGGAGCUCAGCAAGCCCAGCAGCAGCAGCAACAGCAGCAGCAGCAGCAGCAGCCACAGCAGCCACAGCAGCAGCAGCAGCAGCAGCGUGGACAACAGCAGCAACAACAUCUGCAGCAUGGCCAGCCUUCUCAGACCAGCCAGCCCACAACAGCCACCUCAGAACCAGGGCCAGGGCCAGCACAGCAGCAGUCCAAGUCUGGCCAGACCCCAGCACAGGGACGUCAGCCUGCAGGAGGGUCUACAGCAGGGCAGCCAACAGCCACAGCGGCGAAAAUGGAUGCUACACCUGCAGCUGCUGCCAUGGGAAUGAAACCUACAGCAACAGCACCGACAGCAGCUCAACCUACCAAAAUAGCUACACCCCCUCUAACAGGAAUUGGCUCCAAGGCAGCCCCUGUUGGGAUAGGUAGUAAACCUGGAGGUAUAGGCAGUGCUGCAGCGGGACAGGCACCUGCUGAAGGGGAAAACGUUCUCAGCAAAAUCCUGCCAGGAGGGGCAGCAGAGCAGGCAGGAAAGCUUGGAGAUGCAUUGUCUGGCCUUGGGAAGAAGUUCACUUCAUUUUGGUGAACUGAAGAGAGGAGGGAUGUGAGGGUUUGAAAUGAAAUGGAUUGGAGGCUUUGUACUGGAAAAACCUAUGAAACAGCAUUUAAUACAUUUCACCAUUACAGAGGAAAUGAAGGAAAGAGGGAGAGGAGUGAUCCUGAGUGUGUCAAGCUGGAAUCAAAGGAUGCCUCGUCAGCACUGAACUCCCCAGACAUUGGCAUGUGAUUAAAGCAAAUUGAGGAUGGGUGAUUGCUUUGUCAGCACGGUGUUACAAGACAUGAGCAGAGGACUGAGGAGGCCUGUAAGUGAACGGAUGCUUUGUCAAACCUACAGUCCCAGAAUGAUGGUUGUAGAAAUGCCUCAUUUGACUGAUGAUAAACACCAAAGGUCAUUGAUGAGGCUGUGGCAAAGAGCAAGAGAGAGUAAGGGGGAAGGGGACAUAAGCUCUAUUUCCCUUCCCCCUUCCUGAGAAACCGGACUAGCAUCUGUGUCAUGCUCAGGCUACACUCAGAUUCCAUCGCUCAUUAAAGGGCCCGCUCGCUGAGGAAGCAUCACCUGGAUAUCACAGGAGUAAUUCACAGAGAUUGGCUAUCCUUGUACCUCCUUAACCAAAACCGCAGGUCCUAAGUUGCAAGACGGCACCAUGAAAGAGGGAAGCUUCAGAGCGCCCUCUGCAGGGGAUUCUGGUGGAAAACCACUCAUGUCUGAGGACUGCACAUCUGGCAAGGGUAUUUGAUUCUAUAUUGAUGUAUUCAGAGCCUUAUCAUCACAAAACACAAUGGAGAAAGACACAUUUUCAUAGGUUUUCCUUGUACCAAAGAGAUCUACUAUAGCCCAUGAUGACAUCACAUACCUGGAGGAGCCAAGACGUAUCACGGCAAUGACAAACAAACUGACCCCGCUCUAAUCCUUGAAUGCUUAGUUUCUCUGAUAUCUCCAGUACAUUCCAGAAUAGGGAAUUUGACCCCUUCUUUGAAUGUGUUUUUAUUUAUCCUUUUUUUUUUUUUUUUUUUUUUUUUUUUGUUUCGAUGUCUACAGAAUGCAUUGUGUAAAUGUGGACAUGAGAUUGCACGCACAAAGAUUUGAAAAACUGAAAAAAGAAGCCCAUAUUGAAACUUUUUUUCACCACAUAUAAGAGGCCACAUGUCGCUAAAACUGUAGGUUUUUAGGGAAGGGAAUUAUUACCAGUGUGCCCACAAGUGUGAGAUUCACACAGAAGAGAGGACCAAAUGAAAGAGUGGCCACGGCUCUUUAUUAGCCAUUGCAAAGCCAUCAUAACAGCAGGUCUCAGAGCCCUCUGGGACUUGGUUAUCCUUUUUAAUGAUUUGUUCUCAUCUUUUAGUUUCUUUUCAUUUUUGCCUGAUAUUCACUGAAAGGAAGAGCCUUAUUCAGUACAUGUUUUUACUUGUAUACCUCAUAUGUUUUAAAAUGUCCAUAUCAUCUUGCAUUUCUUUUUACACAACUGUAUACUAUUGUAUGUACAUAAAAGAAACAAGAGUUCUAAUUAUGUAAAUUACUCAUUUGUGUAUCUAUGGAAUCAUUUUUCAGUGAUUUUCUUUUUUGUUCAGUGUUUUUCUUUGGUAAAACUUUAUAUUUUCUUUUUUAAAAUUUGUUUUGAUCUUUGUUUUUCUUGCAUUCGAAUAAUUUGCUUGUUGAUUUUUAAAAGCAAUAGCAUGCAGAAAAUGGUAUAUAGCACAAUGGUAUCAAUGUUGUUUAAAUUAGUGAUGGGAAAUAUCAAACACUUCUGUUGAUAGCCGUAAAUACAUUUGUCAGAGGGUUUACAACCACAGUACCAAGUCCACACAUGCAUGUUUUAUGCAGAUGCAUACAAGCAUGCAGGUACGCGUGCGCGUGUGCGCACACACACACACACUCACACACACACACACACACACACACACAGCUAUACAGGACACACUUCAAAACCCAUUUGCAGUGCAGAGCCAGGGUUCAUUGUGCUCUCCACUGAAUAAACCUGCUAACUUCCAGACGAUUAAUGAGGUUAUCUUUUCACAAUCAACAAGAUGAUCUCACUAACAAGCUGGGCCCACUGCCUCCAUUCAAACAUCACACACACACACACACACACACACGCACGCACGCACGCACGCACGCACGCAUGCACGCACACACACACACACACACACACACACACACACACACACACACACACAAACACACAGCGAUACACAAAGGAGUGGAUGAAAGCAAUUAUCAAUUCAAAUGUUCUAUGCAAUGAUUCAUUUUGAACUUGGAAGUGAUUCAACCUAAAGCAGUUUAUUAUCAUCAUUGUAAUUCACUACAAAGCAACAAAAUUGUGAACUGAAAUGGUAAAAAUGGUCUUGAAAAUGUUUUUACUUAGCAACUUGUCUGUAUGAAUUUGAAUAUUGAAUAUUUAACUCUAACUGUUUUUAUUUUUUGUGGCAUGUUUAGACCCCUCACUCCCCAUUUGGGGACUUGUUGCCAAAGGGUAAACUGUGUAGACUGUCAGUUUUGAAUGUCCACCAUCAUGUUGCUUUUAAGCAUGGGUUUGCUUGGCUUUGUCUGGCUGUUUGUAAGCCCUCAUUGAAUUUUUGUGUGUUUUGGCUGACCUGGGCUCCUCAGUGUUUGGCUUGCAGUUACCAUCCGUGCUGCUAUAAACCUGUGAUACAGAUGGUCAGCGUUUCUCAUCAAUAUGCGUCAAUGUACAUAUCAGGUGUUGGUAUAUAAUCUGUGGGGUGAAUGGAAUGCUUCUAUUGGAUAGACUAUCAUUUUGUUGAUUAAACUGUUCAACAGCCAAGCCAUUCGAACGGUGCAUGAUUAGAUCUUAUAUCCUUGGAAGUUAUACCUGAAUGAACACAGUGAGGCAUGAUUUUACCAGGUUUUGACUAUCGAACCUUAAACUUUCACAGGCCAACCUUGAGAAUGUUGAUUCGUAAAAUAUUCACAUCUUGAACCCAAGCCACAUAUUCACCAAAUCAGGGCAUGUCAUUUUGAAAGCACAAGCCUGACUGGUAGCAGUUGUUGUUUGAGAAAAAAACAAACAAACAAACAAACAACAAAAAAACAAAAACAAAAAACAACGAAAUAUGGAGGAUUUGUUAUGGUACCUUAACAGUAAGAUCUGUAAACUCUUACAAGAGGUGUAGAAUGCUCCCAGGGAACAUUGUGGAUGGGAACAAGGCUCUCUGGUAAACAUGAGGUGCAUGAGAUGAAACAGCCUUCAGUGCAGCCAUCCAGAGUGACAUAAGGACAGACAGACACACAUUCUUACUGUAAAUACAGACUGAAUCUUCUGUACAGCUUUUGAGUUCUGAGUACGGCUUUCAUGUGCAUCCCCAUGCCGUAUUUGCUGCCAACUUUUGUGUAUAAAAGAAUAUUUAUUACCACAAUGAUGAGAGUGAUGAUGAUGAUGAUGAUGAUGACGACGAUGAUGAUAAUAAUGAUGAUAAUUAUUAUUAUUAUUGCAUAAGCAUAGUGUAUGUGGCUGACUUGUAUUGACUGUUGACAACAGUGGAACAAACAUGUAUUCAGAAACAUAUCCGGUCUGUGUAGAGUUUCUAUACAUAUUGUGUUUGUAAAACAAGAAGAAAAAAACCUCCAUGGCAACUGCAGAGUGGAAUGCCUUUGUCAGACUAUCGGGAGGUAUUUGAUGGGUAUGAUCUGUGAGGUGAUGAGAGCUGAUGAAAGCAAUGGGGAAAAAAUUAAACAAAAAAUCUGGAAAAUGUCAUUCACUGUUGUAAGUGCAAUGGGCAAAACGUCAGUCGUGUAUCCAUUGUGAAACCUUGUGUUCUAUUCAGUGUAUUCCUGUAAACGGAUAGAGUAAAUUUUGGUGCAUCAUGUCAAGUAAUGUGAUUAAUGAAAAUAUUGACCCUGCAAUUUCCAAACAGAAAAAGAAUAAAGAGAAAAUGAAUACAUGA